AUGGAACGGUGUGAAGGUGAGUCCGUCGUUGUGCGAGGGACCAAGGACUCACAACAAGAGUCGCCUUUGGGGUCAUCCCAGUCACCUAUCUUAUUGGUCAUGCUGCGUGGGCCAAUCAUCUCAGAACACCGCGAAAUUGAUGAUGAGUCGGCACUUGCGGGAAGUCCCAGCACUCCUGUCUUAUCCCGGAGCCAAUGCAUGAAGCAUGGGCUAGCUGGGUUAACUACCUCUGCAGGCGCAGGCUUGCAUGAAGGUUGUGCCGAGCAGCGCCAACAGAAGCCCGCCCUGAACUGUUAG